AUGUCAGGACAAGGUUUCACUGACCCCCUGCCUGCCCCUACAGCUGGCUGGGACAAUGGCCCCUCAAAACUUGAAUUGAAAGAGAGAGAGAAACAAGGCCAGCUGGAAGCAUUUGGACCUACAGAUAGCCAUGCUCUUUCCCAAGUCGAUCACAAUGAGAAAGGCUUGGCCCAGAAAGCCGGCGAUACCGACGAGAUGACAGAUGUGGGAUGGGAGUACUCCCCUCAAGGCCGGAUUGUGGCAGGUUUGUCGAAUGAGGACCUUUGGAUGCUCGUCAGACGGUUCAACAAGCAAAUAUACUAUGUGAAGGCCGUGCCAGAUGCUCCGUUACAAAGGCUGGAUCUCAACCGUGCCGAAGAUGAGCACUUCUCCCCAGAUAAAUUGCGGGCGACCCUUGAGCGUUUUUAUACGACGAUUGUUGUGUCAUUGACUGCAUUUUACAAGCAUAUUGUCAGACUACGUUCGUGGAGGGAACCUCGGCGGACAGGAGUGUUUUGCGGAGUAUAUUUCCUUGCAUGGCUCCUGGAUUUCCUAGCGCCGACAAUAUUCUGUUUUUUAAUUACACUGGUCGUUUACCCUCCAUGCAGGACAUGGCUGUUCCCACCUGCGCCUAUCGCUCUCGUUGAUAGCAAUACCGGAGGUGUACAGAAGCCCAAAGCUGGUGUACUAGGCUCUCACGAUAGUGUCACCGGCGCACCGGAGAAAAUGAAAGGCGAAGCUGCUGAACAAGAGGCCAGUAACUUAAUCACAAGCGCAGCCACUGUGGCAGUGGGAAGUGUUGCUGGUAAACAUGACCAGGGGGCACCUGAAGGUGCUCCCAUGGAGGACUCAGUUCCCGAUGCCAUGCAUACUGUCUCGGAAGCAGCAGAUGCGCAAACAGCAGCACACGGGGGAGUACCAGACAGUACUCACGAUAAGACAAGGGAGCCCAUGAAGGAGACAGUCCUCAACGGCGCAAACCUGGGCAUGCGUAUACUGAGUGAUAUCAUUGAUAUCUAUGAGAAGCUCGGGAAUGCCCUGUCACCAACCCCACCAUUUUCGUCUACAACCCCAUAUGUCCGCUUAGCGAGCAUUUUAUCUCUUGGGCUAUUCGGGUCAUUUAUUACCUCAAGCUACGUAUUUGUCAAGAUGGGUACUUUCAUAGUAGGGUUUGGUUUCUUCGGAGACCCCGUUUUUGCUCGUCUUACUGCGUACUUGAAUCGCAAAUACCCAGGCUGGAUCAAGCUCCUUGAAUUGCAAAACUCCCUCCUAAAAGGAAUCCCUACAAACGCUCAACUAACUUUAACCCUCCUCCGCAUUGGCGAAAAAAAUGCUGCCCCCUUACCACCACCACCUGCAGACUCACUAGAUAAAGUGCCUUCUCACCCUACAUCACUUAACCCCAGCCAAGUGAACUUGGAUGCGUCGGAAGAAGAGAUUGCACAAGCAACCGCACCAGACCCCGUAGCACAAGUACAGGAGGAAGAGGAAAAAUCCCAAGCAAACAAGCCCAAGAAAACAAUAGGUUCCCGCAUCGUCGGCUUUUUCCGAGGAACAACCGCAACGGGCAUUGAAAGCAAACUUGCAGUCGACCGGGUCCGGGCAGCUGCAGGAUCGGAGCAUGCUAAAUCCCGACUUGGAAUUCUGAGCAAGAAAGGCAAAAGGGCGUUACCUUCAGGACCGGUCCAGUUUGACGCUCGGUACAAGGGCAACCGAGGAGCUGUGGUAAUCGACUCGGCACUUAAUCCACCGGUGAUGUAUUUCACGACGGAUCCUAGUGCCCUGUCGGGUGACCAGAGGCUUGAGAGUAGGGAAAAGGGAACUGUAUCCUUCAGUAUGCCUGUAACUGAUAUUAGGGAGCUGCGGAAGAUUGGGGGAUUUGGAUGGAAGGGGAAGUUAGCUGCUGGGUGGGCGGUGGGAAGUAAAGAGGUGGUUGAUGGAUUGGAGGUUGUUGGGAAGGACGAAAAGAAGCAACAUUAUCAGCUUACUGCUAUGAAGACGAGGAACCAGUUAUUCAAUCGCUUGGUGGCGAUCGAUGGACAGGUUUGGGAAAGCUAUUGA